CAUGUUCAUGAGCGAAACGAAGAUGCUCCAUUUACUCAUGAUGUAGGGGCGUCAGGAGAUGAUCAAAAAGAAAGUGCAGCUCCUGAUUCGGGUCUGAAGAAAAAUGAAAACCAAGACACCGCGGAAGGUCAAGAAUACCAUGACGCAGAAGAAGCUUGUGAUAUUAAAGGACAUGAAGGUGAAGAGAAAGAUGAAACGAUACGGAACUUUGAAAUUGGAACCUCAGCCGAAAAAUGGGUAGAAACUGAGGC